UCCAUUGUAAAACAUUGCACAUUGUCGUAAUAAAAGAAUUUCGCCUGAUCACAGCUAUGGCGGUGCAGUUAAAGACCCUAAUAUGUCAAAUAAAUGUACAAAAUGGUUGUUUCUAUUCGAAAAAAGACAAAGAUUUCGCUCUACAUCUGUAUGAGCGACACAGUUUACAAUCGAUGCUUGAAACUACUGGAGAAGUUAUGCGGGACAAAAAAUGGCGGGAUCUUUGUGAUAAGUACAUAGCGGUUGUCACUGUUUUGAUAGACAAUGGUCCUGUGGAUUGGAUUUCGACAUUCAUCAAUGGAUUUAAUGAGCAGGAAACGUUUGCUAUGUGUGUUGGCAGUUUAAAGACAGUUUGCCGAUUUGCUGAGUCGAAAUCAUUUGCUGGUAGAGACUACACUGUGUAUGAUGCGUCAGAUUUUGAAGAUGUCGCAUACAAGGGUUAUCUUGUUCUCAACCUACUUCAAUUUCUGCUGAAAAAGCUGGUAUUGGUAGGACGUGGGAACAAAGAUUUAGACCACUGGAGAGCAUUGUUGCAGAACUGUUAUUUUUGUGUUUUUAUUGUGUCACAACACGCUGAGAGACAUCAGUGGACAAGUGAAAAAUCCACUGAAUGUGCCGUUGAAUGCAUACAGCUGCUGAAGGAAGAGUUUUGCUGUUUGUCAAUGUGUCAACUUCUUAUACUUGACACAAAAUAUGUGUCACCUUUGGUUGAAUCAGAGACAGAGUACAAGUCAGCUGUCAAGAAGUCCAUUUAUGGUAAAUUACUGGUGCAAUGGAAGCCAAUGCUGCAGAGAAAUACUUGGAAAUAUAAUCCAGUGGUGUGUGCAAGUUUUAGUUGGUGUCUGGAGCAAAUGAUCUUUCCAUAUGUGAGCGACUUUAUAGAGCUUAUUCUUCCACCAACAUUGCUGUUCAUUGAUGAUCAUGAGUUGCAUAACAAGAUGAAUGGAACCAACUGUUUAAUUCACAUUCUCAAAAACACAACAGGUGAAGAACUUCGCUGGUAUGGUAGAGCUGAGGUCAUAUACAGUGCCCUGAAACUUCAGCUUGUUUCCACUGAAGAGACUCUUCUGCCAUUGACCCAUGAAGCAAUGUUUCUGACACUCAAAAUUCUUGAGAAGAAUCCAGAUGCACUUGGCACAAACACAAGAUAUGACGAAGUGUUGCAGAAUGUACUACAAGCAGCUAGCCAUGAAAACAAGCUUGCUCUACGCAGAGUUCAUACUCAGCCGCUUAAGCAUUUUAUCGAAAUUCUUGGUAUAAAUUCUGUCAAGUAUACUCCGAUUCUUCUUGAAGUGAUCGAAGAGUAUCUGGAUGUUUCAGAUGCUCCAACAGAAGAGGCUAGAUUGAACAUUCUUGACACUUUGAAUGUGUUCAUUAAGGUUGCAUAUCCCAGAAUGCAUGCUCAUAUGGGAAGUUUGAUGAAAAUAUUAGUUAAAGUUUUGCACAACAUUGUUUCAAAAACGUGGAAUAUUAAAGAAAGUGUGAAAGAAAAUCUCACCAAGAAGUGUGUAGAAUGCUUUGAACUAUUGAAAGCUGUUGAUGGAGUGUUUUUUACUAAGACAAUCAGUAGCAUGAAAAGUCUGCCAUUUGAUAGUGCAUGUACAGAAAUAUUUGACAGAUUACUCGCUUCAGUAUCAUUAUAGCAUUUAUAAUACAGUCAUUUAUGGAAGAAUGUUUCUACACUUAUACAAAUUUAGAACCAUGUUAUUAAGAUCUUGCUGAGUGAAUGCAUUUGCAUUAUUUUAUUUGGCUUCUUGGUGUUAAGUACCGUAUAAUUUGUGCAUGAUUUAUCAUUCUUAAAAACCUUGUAUGCUUUUAUACAGCAAAUAAUAAAGACUUGAAACUAU